AUGUCCGGCAGCUUGCCCGAGACGGGGUCCCUUACGGAAACUCAUCAUAUCAUUCCAUGCAGCGGCAGAGUCCUCGUUCCACCAGUCACGCUUCACAAAAUUCACCUUUUUACCCAUGCGACGCCGAACAUCUCCCUAGCAUACGUCCCGAUUAGGCUCCUUUCAGCAUGUGGUCGGGUGCGGCCGUCUCCACCCUCUCCGCCUUCUCACAAACCUCGCCGCCAGCGCCGCCGACAACUCCCGUACAGCCGACAGCUCCCUUGUCGGGCGGCGGCGGCGGGGGCGGCGGCGGGGGCAAACAACAGUAACAACAACAACAACAACAACAACAACAACGAUAACAGCAACAACAGCAUCCGCAACCACGCUGCAGCAGCGGCACUGAACGCCGGCGGCGGCGGCGUGGAGCCCAGUUACACACCGGAUUCGUCCACGCCAAGAUCCGGCUCCGUCGGCAAUGCACAGCGGCAGCGGAGGCGCGAGGCGGCGGAGGCGAAGGCUCGGAGAAGGGCAUUACCCUUGGCGGCGGCGACGGAGGCGACGGAGAUGAUGAAGGCGACUGAGGCAGUGGCGGCGCCGAAGAGGAAGUGGAGCCGAGUGCUGAAGCUCCCGCCGGCGGCGGGGCCGCCGCCGCCGCCGCCGCCGCCGCCACUGCCUCAGCCGCCGCCACGGCUCCCACAACACCCGCCAGGCGCAGAUGCGCGCGGCGGCAGUGCUGGCGGCAGCGGCUGCGGCAACUCCGGCGCUCGCGUGCUGUCAACCGUCAUCGCGGGAAGCGCGGGUCGCAUCAGCGGCAACGGCAUUGCGUCGCCGUACGUCCUACGUGGAUCAAUGUCAGCCCGGUUGCCGUCACCCAUGCGGCCCAGAGGGGAUUUCGGUAGUUACGGCAGCGGCGGCGGCGGCGGCGGCUUGGCCAGCGGCGGCAGCUUCAGCGAGGGGGCUUUCGCCAGCGGCAUGAUCGUCCUUGGCGGCAGUGGCGACUCGGCGGAGGGGUCCAAGCUGCCGCCAGUGUCGGAAAUCCCUAUGCCGUACUCGAUGUUGGGAACGUACGGCUCCGGCGUUGGCAGUAUGCGAGGCCGGCUGGUCAGCUACAGCUCCGCCGGCGGUGCCGCUACUGGCGGCACCGCCGCCGUCGCAGAGGGCAUCGCGGGGUUUACAGCACACGCGGACGAUAACACGAUACGGCAGUCCGUUUCGCAAUUCGAUUCUCAGUCGCAGCUACAGCUUCCACAACAGCAGGAACGGACCCGCGGGUCGUUUCUGCUACAGCCCAACACGCUCGUGUCUUCCUCUGUAGCGUCGUCCGCCGCAACCUCGGCUGUAGUCGUCACCAUUGGCACCAAUGUGCCGUCAUCUGGAGUGAAUUACGGGCUACAGUCGCAACAGCCGCCGCCGCCGCCGCCGCCGCCGUCGCGGGCCAGCCUGGCGGCGGCGCUGGCGCACACAGGCGACGGCUCGCUCAGCGCCACAUCCUGGCUACAGCCACCACCGCCGGUGAAGCCGCCGCCACCGUCGCGAAACAGCGUUCCGCAGCAGCAGCGGCCGGAGCAGCAGCAGAUGUUGACUCAACAGCUAUCCGAGUCGUACGGAUCUGAAUCUGCCGUAUCCACGUUGCAAAACAUGUACGGCGGAUCUACAGGGCUGAGGCCGCAGCUGCAAGCCGGGACGUGGGGUCAGGAAAGGUCGAUGUCGACGCCGACGCCGACGCCGACGCCGACGCCGACGCAGCAGCAGCAGCAGCAGAGGCAGGCGGAGGUGGCGGCGGCGUUCGCGGCGUACCUGUCGGGAGGUACUGGCGGCGAAGUCGCCAAGUCGCCGAAAAGGCUCACAGCUGGCGGCGACGGCACGUCCUCACUGUACGGCGGCACCCGUGUAGUCACUGCGGCGGCGCCUUCCGCCGCUGAUCGCGCUACUGGGGCGCUACAGGGUGGUGGCGGCAGCCGUCUCAAUGGCUGCGUGAUGGAAAGGAUGGUAUCGGAGCGGGAUGCCGUGAUGUCCGGGAAGCCGAGCCAGAGAGGGUGUCUCCUGGACUUCGACCCCGCCUCCGCCAGGAUCUGGGCACGGAGGCCGCAGCGGCAGCGGAGGCGCGAGGCGGCGGAGGCGAAGGCUCGGAGAAGGGCAUUACCCUUGGCGGCGGCGACGGAGGCGACGGAGAUGAUGAAGGCGACUGAGGCAGUGGCGGCGCCGAAGAGGAAGUGGAGCCGAGUGCUGAAGCUCCCGCCGGCGGCGGGGCCGCCGCCGCCGCCGCCGCCGCCGCCACUGCCUCAGCCGCCGCCACGGCUCCCACAACACCCGCCAGGCGCAGAUGCGCGCGGCGGCAGUGCUGGCGGCAGCGGCUGCGGCAACUCCGGCGCUCGCGUGCUGUCAACCGUCAUCGCGGGAAGCGCGGGUCGCAUCAGCGGCAACGGCAUUGCGUCGCCGUACGUCCUACGUGGAUCAAUGUCAGCCCGGUUGCCGUCACCCAUGCGGCCCAGAGGGGAUUUCGGUAGUUACGGCAGCGGCGGCGGCGGCGGCGGCUUGGCCAGCGGCGGCAGCUUCAGCGAGGGGGCUUUCGCCAGCGGCAUGAUCGUCCUUGGCGGCAGUGGCGACUCGGCGGAGGGGUCCAAGCUGCCGCCAGUGUCGGAAAUCCCUAUGCCGUACUCGAUGUUGGGAACGUACGGCUCCGGCGUUGGCAGUAUGCGAGGCCGGCUGGUAUGCCCUGUCGUGGAGGAAGACGGAGAGGGAGAGGGAGAGGAGGCAGGCGACGCGCCGCCACCACCGCCGCCGCCGCUGGCUUCCACGCCAGGUGACCCAGGGGUCAGUGAGCCAGGAAAUGCCGAAGCGGCUGUGGCGGCGGCGGCGGCGGCGGCAGUAGCGCACAUGGCCGUUGAGCUCCGAUCGGGUAUGAAAGGGCUGCGGGGCUCACCAAGCCAUACGGCUUCUACCGCCGCUGCCUAUGGGCCAAGGACGCCGGCGGCGGAGCAGCGGCAGCCGCCACCGCCGUCGCCGCCGCCGCCGCCGCCACGCUCUGCUUCUCCAUUCCGCGGGUCGCCGUCACGCGACGACUUCAUGUCGCCUUUCCGUGCCGUCGGCCGCAGCCAAGUCAGAUCGCCGCCGCCGCCAGCUCGUGAGCCCGACGCCGUUGUUGAUGUCUAUGGUAGGGCAAAAGUUUAG